CCCUCUGUGGUGCGGAGCUCGGGGGCGCGCGCGGGCUGCGGGGAAGAGCAGUGCGAUUCUCGGGGGCGCGCUUCCGUCCUCCCGGCUCAGCCCUCAAGAUGGCCGGGAUCCCACUGUAUUUCGUGGACCUGCAAGACGAUCUGGAUGACUUUGGCUUUGAGGAUUAUGGACCAGACUGUGAAAGCAUGAGGAUAAGCGCUUUCCUAGACAUUCCGGGACAGGACAACCUGACGCCUCUCGCACGCCUGGAAAAAUAUGCUUUUAGUGAUAAUAUAUUUAACAGACAGAUAAUUGCUCGUGGAUUGCUGGAUGUGCUGAGAGAUUUUAGCAGCACAGAAGAUGACUUUCUCACUGUCAUGGAGAUUGUUGUCCGCCUCUCGGAGGAUGCAGAACCUACAGUCCGGACAGAGCUCAUGGAGCAGAUCCCGCAGAUCACCAUCUUUCUGCAGGAGAGCCGGCCUCAGUUUCCCAAAGCCUUCUCUGAAUACCUGCUGCCUAUUCUUGUGCGCUAUCUCACUGAUCCCAACAACCAGGUGAGAAAAGCGAGCCAGGAAUCUCUACUGAUACUUCUAGAGCAAGACCUGAUUGAUCAAAGAGACCUGGAGAACAAAGUCUGCCCCAUCCUGCUGGAACUCUCCACUCCUGACAACGAUGACGAAUACAAAGUGGAAGCUGUGAACAUUAUCUGUAAAAUGAUUUCCAUGCUCGGCAGGCAGACAGUGGAACAGAUGUUACUUCCCCGUUUCUGCGACCUCUGCAGUGACAGCAAAUUGUUCCAAGUUCGGAAGGUCUGUGCAGCAAACUUUGGAGAUGUAUGCAAUGCUGUUGGCCAGGAAGCUACUGAGAAGUUUUUGAUCCCUAAGUUUCUUGAGCUGUGUUCUGACAGCGCUUGGGGGAUGCGUAAAGUGUGUGCAGAAUGCUUCAUGGCUGUGUCCUACACAACAUCCAGCGAGGUCAGAAGAACCAAACUCUCCCCUCUGUUCAUAAACCUGAUCAGCGAUCCCUGCCGCUGGGUUCGUCAAACUGCAUUUCAGUCUUUGGGACCGUUCAUCUCCACCUUCGCUAACCCGUCAUCUGCCGGUUUAUAUGUGAAGGAGGAUGGAACACUGAGCAUAAGGCCACCGACAGAUGACAUGGUAGCUGGUUCCAGUGCUGUAGAGAGUGCACCUUGUGGCUCCAGCAGCGAAAAUGGUGAUCUCUUCACUAAAGCAAACCAGACCAGUCCUAAUUCUCCAAACUGUGACUCCAGCGAUUUCUCCAGUAAUAGUGGACAUGUCUCAAAAAGCCCUGCAGUAGGUGAUGGCAGCCACAGUCGCAGACCACCAUCUAGCCCCCCAACAGAAGGGCGCCCAGGCGAUGUGUUUAACUCCUUCCUGUACUGGAGAAGUCCAUUACCUGAUAUAAGCGAAGAACUAGAUUUACUGCCUGUAGACGAAUCAAGGAAAGAUUCUGACCUGGAAUCUGAAUCGCACCCAGUCUGCAAAUCAUACAUGGCCAGUAGUGACAUAGAGAAGGUUCUCCAGAGCUUGCAGGAGCACAUGGAUGAUCCAGAUGUUCAAGCCCAGAUUCAGGUUCUGUCAGCUGCCCUACGAGCAGCAGAACUGGAUUCGGUAACUCCAGAGGAGACUGGAAGUACACAAGAGAUCAGUGAACAGUCCGAGGAGGCCCCAAGUAGUGUCUGCACCCAGUGUCCCAGCCCUACACGUCAAGAAGAGGAGCCCGACCUUGCUUCUCAAAGCCCAGCAUCAGACGAUGAACCACUGCUUCCUAUAGUUUCUCUCCAGGAAGAGGAAUGCCAUGAAGACGAAAAGAUUAAAGUCCAGGAUGUUGUUCCACAGCCAUUGCUUGACCAAUAUCUCUCCAUGACUGACCCAGUCCGCGCUCAGACAGUAGAUACAGAAAUCACAAAACACUGCGCAUACAGUCUACCAGGGGUGGCUCUGACCCUGGGAAGGCAAAACUGGCAUUUUCUGAAGGAUACCUAUGAGACCCUGGCUGCUGAUGUCCAGUGGAAGGUUCGUCGGACGCUGGCCUUUUCCAUCCAUGAGCUAGCUGUGAUUCUCGGAGAUAAGCUGACUGCAGCAGAUCUUGUUCCCAUUUUCAAUGGAUUCCUGAAAGACCUGGAUGAAGUCCGCAUUGGUGUCCUGAAGCAUCUGUAUGAUUUUCUAAAGCUUCUCCAUGCGGACAUGAGGCGUGAAUAUCUAUACCAGCUACAGGAGUUCCUUACCACAGAUAACAUCAGGAACUGGAGAUUUCGAUACGAGUUGGCAGAGCAACUGAUCCUGAUCCUAGAGCUGUAUAGUCCCAAAGAUGUCUAUGACUAUUUACGGGUCCUAGCACUGACGCUCUGCUCAGACAAAGUAUCUGAAGUCAGGUGGAUAUCAUUUAAAUUGGUUGUCGAAAUUUUGCGGAAGUUUUAUGCAAACGGUGAAAAUGAAUUGGCCAUCAACUUCAUUAAUGAACUCAUUGUCCAGUUCAGACAUUCUUCCAAAUGGGUUGGACGCCAGGCAUUUGCAUUUAUCUGCCAGGCGGUGGUCCAGGAGGAAUGCAUGCCCGCUGAACAGUUUGCUACUCACCUUCUCCCCAAUCUGCUGAGUCUGGCAUCCGAUCCUGUACCCAAUGUACGAGUCUUACUUGCCAAAGCUCUGAAACAGACACUACUGGAGAAAGCUUACUUCACCAGCCUGGGUAACCCGCAUCUUGAUGCCGUAGAAAAGACUGUGCAAGCUAUGCAGCUGGACCGAGACCAAGACGUGCGAUUCUUUUCUACAGCAGAGCCGAAGCGACACCUGCGGAGCACUCCUUUGGAACAAUCUGUCGACUGAUCUGAUAGUGUGUAUAGUUUUUUUUUUUUCAAUUAGUUUUUUUAAUCUUUCCAAUAGGUCUGCCAUCCCUACGUUGUACAUUUCCUUUUUUUUGAUCUGGUCCCAUGACUGCAACAUAACCUACCCUUCUGAUGGCAUGAGACACGUUCUAUAUAGAAAAUUUUUAUAGAUACAUUUAAUACUGCAAUGAUGCAUGUUGACUGCAAAGAUGAUUAAGCUUCUGUCUCUGAACCCCAAUUAUUGUAGAACCCAGGUCCUUGAACCAAGGGCUUUAGCCGUACUGGCUUAACAGAAAAAAAAAGCCAAUGUUCAGUGUUUGUAUGUAUAUACCUGUAUAAGAUGGAAAGCUGUACACUAUCUACUUCUGUAAUAUGUUUUGAAUAUAUUUUAUAUAUUUUUUUAACAAAGAAAAACAA